GGUGAAACACAAACAGAGCAGCCUUCCUUCCACACUAGAUCAAUUCAGUGGAAUGAAAAUUGAAAGUAAAAUGGAGAAGCAGCGCUGCAGUAGAAGAAGGAGAGAGGAACACAUGGGAUGUAAGAUGGAGAACAUUAAAUUCUGGUUACUGGGCAUUCUAGAAGAGCUGCUGUCAGACGAUCUGAAGAAAUUCCAGUGGUAUCUGACCAACGGCGUGGAAGGUUUCAGACACAUUCCGAAGAGUCUGAUGGAGAAUGCUAACAGAUCCGACACUGUGGACACAAUGGUGGACAGAUACAGCCCAGAUGGAGCUGUAGAGAUCACCCUUAAAAUCCUGAACAGGAUGAACCAGAACGAGCUGGCUGAGAAACUAAGGACCAACCUCAGAGAAAGUCAAGCAAUGUCCACAAAAGCUCAGCAUGAUGACUUCACUAACACUAACUUCGCUGCUCAAGAUGCACAGAAACGAGCAGAAAGUCAGAAGCUCAAAUUAGAUAUCAUAGAUCGAUAUGCAACGUUAUAUGAGGGAACCGCAGCGAAAGGGAAGCACAAUCUUCUGAAUGAUAUUUACACUGAGCUGUAUAUCGUGGAGGACUGGACAGGAGGAGUGAACAUAGAUCAUGAGGUGAUUCAAAUUGAAGCCAGACCAGCAAGACAUGCUGCCACAGAUGCUGCAAUCAAGUUCAGUGAUGUUUUCAGUGGAAGCAAACAUGUUAAAAAAGUGCUGACACUGGGAAUAGCUGGAAUUGGGAAAACAGUCUCUGUUCAGAAGUUUGCUGUAGACUGGGCUGAAGGAAAAUCCAAUGCAGAUAUCGAUUUUGUCUUUAUUAUUCCUUUCCGAGAGCUGAAUCUUCUGAAAGAUAAAGAAUACAGCCUUCCUGAACUACUUCAUCACGUCUACCCAGAGCAGCAACCCUUAAAUGAAACUGGGCUUUUUGAUGGUGAAUGUAAGUGUGUUUUCAUCUUUGAUGGACUGGAUGAAUUCAGAAGUCCACUGAGUUUUGACCAGAAAAAAAUAUCAGCAGUAACAGAGAAGGCAAGUGUUAAUGUGCUGGUAACAAGCCUCAUCAAAGGAACCCUGUUUCCAUCUGCUCGUGUCUGGAUCACCUCCAGGCCUGCAGCUGCAGAUCAGAUCCCCCCAAAGUACAUCCACCUGGUGACGGAAAUACAAGGAUUUGUCACUGACCAGCAAAAGGAGGAAUACUUCAGGAAGAGAAUCGGAGACCAGGAUCAAGCCAAAAUGAUGAUCUCACUCAUUAAAAAGUCAAAGACUUUCUACAUCAUGUGCUACAUACCAGUCUUCUGUUGGAUCGCAUACACAGUUCUUCAGCACAUCAUGAAAAAUCACAAAGCGCCAGAAGAACUUAAAUCAUUAACACAAAUGUACACACACUUUCUAACUAUUCAGAUGGAAAAAAAGAGUGAAAAAGAUAAUCAAACUCCUCAGAAAGAUACAAAGAACCUGCUGGAGUCCAACAGAUCCAUGAUACUGAAACUGGCUGAACUGGCUUUCAAACAGCUGAUGAAGGGCAAUGUGAUGUUCUAUGAAGAGGACCUCAGAGAGAGCAGCAUUGAUGUCACUGAGGCCUCAGUACAUUCUGGGAUUUUCACUGAGAUCUUUAGGGAGGAAUGUGUGCUUUACCAAAGGAAGGUCUACAGCUUUGUUCAUCUGAGCUUUCAGGAGUUCCUGGCUGCUGUUUAUGUGUUUCACUGCUUUGAAAACAAGAACAUGAAGACACUGCAGAUGUUUAAAUUGCAGAACAGAAAGUGGUCAGAAAAUACUUCACUGGGUUUUUUUAAUCCAUGGCACAGACAGUGGUCUGAGAAUGUUCAUCUGGAUGAUCUGCUGGAAGGAGCAGUGAUUAAAGCAGUAAAGAGUCAGAAUGGACACCUGGAUCUUUUCCUCCGUUUCCUGCUGGGCAUCUCACUGGAGUCCAAUCAGAGACUCCUACUGGGUCUACUGACCCCAACACAGAGCAGAUCAGAGAAAAUCACUGAAUACAUCAAGAGAUUAAUUAAAGGAGAAGAUAAAAAAUAUCCCAUCUCCACUGAGAGAUCCAUCAAUCUGUUCCUCUGUCUGUCUGAGAUGAAUGACCAGUCUCUCUCCAGAGAGAUUCAGGAGUAUGUAAACUCAGAGAGACACUCAGAGGAGAAACUCUCUCCUGGACAGUGUUCAGCACUAGCCUGCAUGCUCCUAUUGUCAGAGGAGGUUCUGGAUGAGCUGGACCUGAAGAAAUACAAUACAUCAGGGGAGGGUUAUAGGAGACUGAUCCCAGCUUUGACUGUCUGUAGGAAAGCUCGACUAUCUGGCUGUAAUUUCACCAAGGACUCCUGUGAAACUCUUUGCUCUGCUCUUCAAUCACCAAACUCCUCCCUGAAAGAACUAGACCUCAGCAACAAUAACCUGCAGGAUUCAGGGGCUCAGCUGCUCUCUGUUGGACUGAAGAGUCCAUACUGUAAACUAGAGAAACUCAGACUAGCUGGCUGUAAUCUCACCAAGGACUCCUGUGAAAUUCUUUGCUCUGCUUUUCAAUCAGUAAAUCCCCCCCUGAAAAAAAUAGACCUCAGUAACAAUGACCUGCAGGAUUCAGGAGUGGAGCGACUCGCUGCUGGACUGAAGAGCUCACACUGUACACUGAAAAUUCUCAAACUAGCUGGCUGUAAUCUCACCAGAGUCUCCUGUAAAACUCUCUGCUCUGCUCUUCAAUCAGCAAACUCCUCUGUGAAAAAAAUAGACCUCAGUAACAAUGACCUGCAGGAUUCAGCUGUGCAGCUGCUCAUCUCUGAUGAGCUGAAGCAUUCACACUGUAAACUAGAGAUGCUCAGAAUACCUGGCUGUAAUCUCACCAAGGUCUCCUGUAAAACUCUUUGUUCUGCUCUACAAUCAGCAAACUGUUCCCUGAAAGAACUACACCUCAGUGACAAUGACCUGCAGGAUUCAGGUGUGCAAAUUCUCUCUGUUGGACUGAAGAGUUCAUGCUGUAAAUUGGAGAUACUCAGAUUGUCUGGUUGUAUGGUUACAGAUGAUGGCUGUUCCUCUCUGGCUUCAGCUCUGAAAUCAAAGCCCUCCCAACUGAAAGAACUGGACCUGACCUAUAAUCACCCAGGAGAGUCAGGAGUGAAGAUGCUCUCUGAUCUACUGGAGAAUCCACACUUCGCACUGGACACACUCAGGGUGAAUCAUGGAGGGAAGAUCAGGAUGAAACCAGGACUUAAGAAAUAUGCUGUUGGUCUCACUCUGGAUCCAAACACAGUGAACAGGCGUCUCUCUCUGUCCAAGAUGAACACAAAGGUGGAGAAUGUGAUGAAGGAUCAGCCGUAUCCAGAUCAUCCAGACAGAUUUGUUUCCUGUUUUCAGGUUCUGAGUGUGGAGAGUCUGACUGGACGCUGUUACUGGGAAGUUCAGUGGAUUGGAUUUAGAGCUAUUAUAUCUGUAUCAUACAGAGGAAUCAGGAGGAAAGGAAGAAGUAAUGACUGUUGGUUUGGAAACAAUAAAUACUCCUGGAGUCUGAAAUGCUUUAAUAAUAACUUUAAUGUCAGACACAAUAAACAGAAAACUGACCUACCUGCCCCCCCCUCCCCCUCUAACAGAGUAGGAGUGUAUCUGGACUGGGAGUCCGGCACUCUGUCCUUCUACACCAUCUCCCAUGACACACACACACUGACCCACCUACACACAUUCACCACCACAUUCACUGAGCCGCUCUACGCUGGGUUUGGAGUUACUUAUGGCUCUUUGAAUUUGUGUAAAAUAGAAUAACUUCCUGAAUCUACAUGGCUGUGUGUCAGGACAGGACCCUUCGUUGAGUCUGUCUUUGUCCAGUUUGUGUGUUUUUCCAAUGUUGUUUUGUGUGCAGGUUCAUGACUGGCCACUCGGGGGUGCCUGGCAGUAUAAGAUGUUGCUUAGCCACCAUCUUGGGAGACUUUCAGGGCUCUUUCCAUUUUGACUUGACCUGGAAGAACACCUGUCCAGACCAGCCCAGCACUCUUCACUUCUGUCUGCUUUGCUUUGUGACUGUUCGAUUAUACUUCAAGAGCUUGGGGAAAGUAGAGGAUGGGUGCUGUUAUGUUUUGCUUACCUGUUUUUUAGGAAGGAAGUCAGAGUAGCCAGAUGUACUUUUGUUUUCUUUUGAUUUUAGUUUAGCUAGAUUUGAACUCAUUAGUUGUUUUUGUUAUUAAGGAGGCUGUGUUUUAGUUUAAGAAACUUGUUCAGAAGAAAGUCCUCCUGCUUAUAGACCCAUAUGUGGAGGAGACUGGUGUUGCUUUCGUCUGCUUUUCUUCUGGGAGCGGAGGCUGAUGGCAGUGGAGUGGACUGCCCAGUGCAUAGAUCCUGUUCCUUCUCCACUGGGGACCUUUAAAUGUAGGGGGCAUGUGACUAGCGAAAGCUUCUAAGUGAGGCCUUUGACUUGGCUGUGUGGCAGCAGAAGCCUGCAACCUAGCUGUUGAGCAAUUGUGCCCUGGAGUUGUUCUUGGCAGAAAGAUUUGAAUGCACCACGUAACCAUGCCUGCUUUGUUAUUGGGCAAAUAGCUGACCCAUCUACUAGUCCUGGUACUCCAUUUGAGCUGCAUGUUUUCCAGUCAAACAUUUGUAAUUUGAUUGACAAAAAUGCCUUAGCAGCUUAUAAUCAAAAUGUUAUUUUUGUUUUAUCAGUAUAUGUACACUUUUAAUGACAUAUGAUGUUAAAACCUUAAUUCAACUCACUCAGCUUGGGGAAAUAAGUUUAAACCAAGCUAAUGUGAAAAAAAAAAUACAACAGAAAAAAUUCUCCCAUAAUCUGAUGGGAUUUCAAGGUAUUUACAAUGUCCAAAGAGCUAUUCUGUGAUGAUACAGAUCAUUAUAUUUAAAAACAUACAUCUGUUUCAUGUAUACAUCAUACUCCAUUAUGUUUGGCAAUUCUUAAAGCAAUUAAAUAGACAAAUAUGUGAAGGUA